UCUCUCUCUCUCGAUCUCUCUCUCUCCCUCUCCUGUAGACAGACUUGCCAGUUAUUGACUUGAGUGAGACAGGGAACCGGCCGGCCGGGCUUUGGAUGACGGAGGUUACGAUGGCGACUCGACUUGAGGCACUUCUUGGAGAGCGAGUCAUCAGGGGGUCGGGCGAAGCCGUGGGGGUCAGGACGCUAUGUGGGAAAGACAAAGUGAUCGGGUUUUAUUUCUCAGCACAAUGGUGCCCGCCUUGCAAAGGAUUCACGCCAAAGCUUGCGGAAUUUUAUAAAAACUUCAAAAGCUCAGAGAAAGGAUGUACCCUAGAAAUUGUGUUUGUAAGUUGGGACAAAGAUUUAGCGUGUUUCACGGAAUAUUUCUCCACGAUGCCGUGGCUGGCUCUACCGUACCAGGACCGGGACAGGAAGGCAAAGUUGGUGAAGAAGUUCCGAGUUCAGGGCAUCCCCAAGUUGGUGCUGCUGGACGGGGAGACGGGGAAGGUCAUCACAGUGGACGGCUUCAACCAUGUACAGGAAGACGAGGCGGGAAAUGGCUUCCCCUGGAAGUUAAAACCGUUUCAUGACGUCAUGAAGGGAAAGUUACUCCAUGAGAAGGAAGAAAUCGACGCAUCAAUAUUAAAGGGGAAAGUGGUUGGAUUGUACUUCUCAGCUCAUUGGUGCCCACCUUGCCGACACUUCACGCCAGAGCUCUUACGACUUUAUGAGAAACUCCGAGAAGAUGGGAAGAGCUUUGAGGUUGUGUUUGUGUCCUCUGACCGAAGUGCAGACUCGUUCGAGCAGUACUAUUCAACCAUGCCAUGGCUGGCGCUGCCAUUCGGAGAUCCCCGAGUACACUACCUCACCACACAGUUCGGCAUUGCAGGUAUCCCCAGUCUGAUUCUGAUCGAUGAGAAGGGCAACGUCAUCACUCUGAACGGUCGAUCAUCACUACUGACAGACAAGACAGGAGCCGAGUUUCCCUGGUACCCAAAGGCACUGAAUGAACUCACGCAGAACGCCGCCAUACAGCUGAAUGAGUGUGUGUGUCUCGUCAUGUUCACAGAGGGUGAGCCGGAGGAGAUCGAGCGGGCGCAGGAGGUGCUGUCCGAAGUGGCAACGCGGGAAAACCAGAAGGGGGAGGACCAGGAGAUAUUCUUCUUCUAUGGAGGAGACGACGAGUUCUGUGACCAAGUGCGAGACUUUGCCCACCUUGAUGACCAAAGUCCUCUUCUGGUCAUCCUUGACCUACCAAACCAGCAAGUCUACGUCUGCUCCGAACCCAUCACACCAGAAUCUGCCACAUUAUUUGUGGACAACUAUCUCGAAGACAAGCUGGAACCGCGAUCCCUGCGUGAAGCAGCGGCAAAGACUACAUAGUCCUGUGUUGCCAUGACAACAAGUUGACCAUGUGCAUCUACAUCCAGCCCUGGGUAUCUUGGCAGCAGUUUUUUAGUAGCUACUGACACCAAAUGUGUUCCAAUCAACCCUUCAGGUUACUUGUGUUAGCUUGACGAUCCCUGGUCACAGUCAAACUGUACCACAUCCUGCCCUGUUGCCCAGGCUUAGCUCAGCUGGUCACACCUUGCCAUUAAGAUCUUGCCAGUUCCUUCUGUGGUCACGAAGAUAUAGCAGUUCAACUGUUAUCAGUACGAGGGCAGUUGAACUUUCACUAAUGCAACGGCAGUUCACCUAGAUCAGUAUAGCAUCGCUUCACCUGUGAAAUGUGUAACAGCGGUUUAACUGUGAAUUGUGCAACAGCUGUUUCUCUGUUAAAUGUGCAAAAGCAGUUUAACUGUGAAAUGUGCAACAGCUGUUUAACUGUGAAAUGUGCAACAGCGGUUUAACUGUCAAAUGUGCAACAGCAGUUUAACUGUCAAAUGUGCAACAGCUGUUUAACUGUCAUAUGUACAACAGCGGUUUAACUGUCAAAUGUACAAUGGCUGUUUAACUGUCAAAUGUGCAACAGCUGUUUAACUGUCAAAUGUGCAACAGCGUUUAAACUGUCAAAUGUGCAAAAGCGGUUUAACUGUCAAAUGUGCAACUGUGGUUUAACUGCGAAAUGUGCAACAGCUGUUUAACUGUCAAAUGUGCAACAGUGGUUUAACUGUCAAAUGUACAACAGCGGUUUAACUGUCAAAUGUACAACAGCGGUUUAACUGUCAAAUGUGCAACAGCGGUUUAACUGUCAAAUGUGCAACAGCUGUUUAACUGUCAAAUGUGCAACAGCUGUUUAACUGUCAAAUGUGCAACAACUGUUUAACUGUCAAAUGUGCAACAGCUGUUAAACUGUGAAAUCUACAACUGCGGUUUAACUGUCAAAUGUACAUCAACAGUUCAACUAUCAAUAGUACAUUUGUAUAGUACUAUAUGUGCCAUCAACAAAAAUAUCUAAAACAGUUUCAGCUGCCAAAUGUACAACAGUUCAACUGUCAGAGUAGCUGAUGUGCUGUCCACCUAGCUGUGGUAACCAUAUCUCCCUGCUGCUCCCUAUUGAAGAUUUGGAUUUUGACUUGUCAGUACACAGAGCUUCAGGCUGUUCCAUAGUGUUUUCCGAAUAGGUUCCCAAUGUAAAUCUGCAUCAUACUGUAUAUGCUUCAGCCAAGUGCAUGUGUUGUAAUCUAACAACAAAUAUUUACUUAAGUUUGAAACCGGACUCAUAAAGAUUUUUAUCCGCCAGUUAGCUCAGCAAUGGCAUUAAAAAAUCUGUACUCUCUCAAUUAUUCCAAACCGAUGAGUACACAGGAAGUAAAAAAUAUGAGUACACACAUUUCAAGGAAAGUGUCUUAGGAAGCAUCUUCCCGAGGCAAGUGAGUAACUGACUAUAAAAGUCCAGUUUCCACCCUUGCCGAACUAGGCUGGUAUUAUGGAGUUACAUUUUGGCUGGGCUAACGAGUCUAUGCAUAGUCCAAUCAAA